UUGCAAAAUGGAUGUGGUAUUUACAGCUGAAUUACAUAACAUUAAAAUAAUGUAUAAUUUUUUAAAAGCAAUUAGUUUCAAAGACACUGCGGUAAUAAGUUUAACCGAACGUGGAAUGAAAAUCACUGUGGAAGAAAUGAAAUGUGUACAAACAUCAGCGUACAUACCGAACGAUGUAUUCGACGUAUAUAAAUUACAAAUUGAUGAAGAGGAAAUCAAUUUUAAAAUUAGUAUGAAAAUUUUAACCGAAUUUCUAAAUAUUUUUGGAGAUGAUGGUUCUCCAAGCUUAAAAAUUGUAUAUAAGGAAAUUGGAAGCCCGUUAAUGUUAAUCUUAGAUCAUAGUGAAGAAUGUUACAUAGCCGAUUGUAAACUAGAAACAAUAGAAGAAGAUGAAGUUUUAAAUUUAUAUUUGGCCACCGAAUGUCGAGUUAAUAAUGUAGUUGUAAAAGCUCCUUUGCUUGUUAAUAUUAUUCAUGAAUUAGACAUGACCGCCGAUCAUUUAAUAUUAUUUUUAAGCCCUGACCCACCAUAUUUUCGGAUAUCUACUGAGGGAUUGUUGGGUGAAAUUCAUGUGGACAUAUCACCAAAUUCUGAUAUGGUCGAAUUAUUUCGCUGUACAAAAACAAUGAAGUUAGCAUAUAAUUCAACAUAUAUCAAACAACUGGAAAAAGUCAUGAAUAUUUCAAGUCGAAUAUCAAUAAGUACUGGUGAUGAAGCGGGUCUUUUAGGUUUACAAAUGAUUAUUGAAUCGAAUGAACAAUCUUCCAAAGAAUAUAAAAUGUUUGUUGAAUACUUUUGUACAGCAUUAACGGGUGACGAUGAUGAUUAAUUUGCUAACCUGAUUUUUGGAUCUUUAUCAGUACGCUUAAAAAUAUAACAAAAAAAUCAAAAUUUUGUUGUCUCUGAUUUUAGAAUACAUCCUGUGUAAAAAAACCAAAAAAUAUAAAAAUCCAGUAUCCAGUUCAUACAGAUGAAUAAUUUUUGAAAUAACGCCAAAUAUCUUAAAAUAAAAAUAAUAAAGCGUUUCACGUAGAACUUCGGGUCAAACCAUAGAAAAUAUUCGAUAAAUCAUCAAAUGAAUCCCAUUUUCGAAUUUUUUUAAUCAAAAUACCUUACUUAUCGAGUUUUGUAAAUUUCCGAAACAAAAUGUUGCGAUUUUUUUAAAAAAAGAUACAGAAAAACACAUAUUAUCUAAGAAACUGCCUUAAAACGACCCGACAAAUCGCUCUUUGUAAGGAAUUUUGUACGAUAUUUGAAAAACUUUACCUUAAUCAUCAAUCAUCAAAUAAACUCGUUUUUUUUAUUUUUGGGUCGUUUCAAUUU